UUCCGUGCGCACAGCGUUCACGUUUGACAACAAGCUGCGUGUAUUUCGGGAAGAUAUUUUACCCCCUAUAAUCGUCCAACGAUGACUAAAUUACAAUAUCUGAAUGUGUAUCUAACUGAGCGUUUGAUGCAAGCUGCGGAGGAGAUACUUGGAGUGGUCGGAGACACGAUCUCCGAGUAUCAGGAAGAAAUAGCCCGGACAAAGAGAGAAAACCAAUACCUAAAACAACACUUGAUCACACCGGUCUUACCGGCUCCUCAGCCCAUUGUCUCUUGGGUCUCAGAGCAGCAAACUCCCCCUGAGCAACAGCGCUGUGAGCAGGAGUGGAGCCCCAGUCUGGGCCAGAGGGACACAGAGCACACACAGAUUAAAGAGGAACAGGGUGAACUCAGGACCCGUCAGGAGGUAGAGAAGAUUCAAGGGCCGGAGGCUGAUACCAAAGAAGACUCCAUAAUCAUUCCUCCCUGUGUGAAAAGUGACUGUGAUCAGGAGCCACCUCAGUCCACACAUCUUCUCCAAACUGUGGAGAACAGAGAGAAGUACUCUCUACUGACCAACACAACUGGACAGAUCAAAACAGAACCUGAUGGAGAGGGCUAUGGAGAAUCACUAUCAGAACCAACCAGUGACUCCCCUCAGUCUCAGCCCCUCUCUGCAGUAAAUCCAGACUGUUCUAGAACACAGAGUGAGAACACUGAAAGUGUUCCGAGAGAUCCAGAAAGGAGACCAGAGGAGGACACCCAGACACACUCAUGUACUCAGUGUGGUGCCGUGUUCUGUGAGCUAUCCCAACUGGAGGCACACAUGCUAUCCCACACAGAACCACACAGUGGUGACACUAGUCACAGGCAAAUCCUCUGCACAGUCUGUUGGAAGUCAUUCACCUCUACCAGUUACCUCAAGGUCCACCUGUGUUCUCACAAUAAGGAGAAGCCCUUCCACUGUGGUGUGUGUGGCAAGAGUUUCAGCUACUCAGGCAGGUUCAGGGAGCAUCAACGCAUCCACACGGGAGAGAGACCGUACCGCUGCCACGUGUGUGCUAAACGCUUCAACCGGUCUGCCCAUCUGAAGACCCACCUGAGGGUCCACACAGGGGAGAAACCCUACUCCUGUCCUAUCUGUGGGAAAGGAUUCAGUCAGUCCAGCCAUAUCAAGGGACACCUCAGAACUCACACCCGAGGGAGGUAGAUGAAAGAUGCCUUUUUUUUAUUAGGAUCGCCAUUCUCCGACGCCAAUGGCGACAGCUAGUCUUACUGGGGUCCAACACAUAACGAAAAAGACAUUACAGACAAAAGACUUUACACUUAAACAUUAACAUGUAGUGUGUGUGUGCACUCAGUUCCACAUACAUGUUAGUACAUACACGCAACAAGUAGGUCAAACGGGGGAGAGGCGUUGUGCCGUGAGGUGUUGCUUUAUUUGUUUUUUAAAACCAGGUUUGCUGUUCACUUUCCCUAUAUGAGAUGGAAGGUUCCAUGCAAUCAUGGCUCUGUAUAAUACUGUAAGUUUCCUUGAAUUUGUUCUGGACCUGGCGACUGAAAAUAUGUCUGGUGGGGUAAAUGCUGUGUGUAAGUUGAUUAUGCAAAGAAUUUGUAAUUUCGAACACAUUGGUGUUUCUUUAUAAAAACGAGAAGCCAUGCAGUCAGUCUUUCCUCAACACUUAGCCAAGAGAGACUAGCAUGCAUAUUAUUGCUUAGGGGAUGGUGGUGUCAAAAAGCAGAGCAUCUUUUUACCACGGAGAGACCUCUCCCCAUCUUUACAGCCAUUGAAUCAAUAUGUUUUGACCAUGACAAUUUACAAUAUUAAGAUAACACCAAAUAAUUUAGUCUGCUCAACAGCCAAACCAUUAAUUACCAGAUCCAGCUGAGGUCUAGAACUUACGGAAUGAUUUGUACCAAAUACAAUGCUCUUAGUUUUUGAGAUUUUCAGGACGAGUUUAUUACUGGCCUCCCAUUCUAAAACUGACCAACUCCUUGUUUAGGGUUGCAGUGAUUUCACUAGCUGUGGUUGCUGGCCCAUAUAGGGUUGAAUCAUCAGCAGACAUGGACACAGGAUUUGUUUAAUGACAGUGGCAGGUCAGCUUUCCAUCUAAGUUGUCAAUGCCAGGAGGUUUGUCAUUAUUGAUCGAUAACAAUUGUUCCGCCUCUUCCACACUAACUUUACAAAAUUCAAACUUACAAUGCUUUUCUGUCAUUAUUUUCUUUCAACUGUUCGUGGUUGGCAUUUACUGCCUAGGUUUGCCCUCUUUGACAAUGAAGUAAUUAUUAAAAUAAUUGGCAACAUUAAAUGGUUUUGUGUUGAAUAAGCCAUCUGAUUUUAUGGAAGAUGGAGUUAAAUUGUUUUAUUUAUUUAACCUUUAUUUAACCAGAAAGGGCUCAUUGAGAUUUAAAAUAUAUUUUUCCAGAGUGUCCUGGCCAAGAUAGGCAGCACCAAGUCAUUACAAAAAUUACAGACAAACAACAUGAAAGACUACAAGUAAUCUAAUAAAAACCAUAGAAUUCACAGGAGUGUCUUCCUGCCCAUAAUUUAAUUUAAAGUACUCAUGUUAUUUUCCAUCAUUAUUUUUAUCAUUGACCUUGUCUUCAUAAGUUUCUUUUAAGUCAUAUAAUUUGUCAAAUCUCAAUAAGAGAUGUGCAGCCAGACUUACUAACCACUCCUUUUGCCCCAUCUCUUUCAACCAUUGUUCUUCAAUUCCUCAUCAAAUCCUUAACAAUUCUAACAGUCAGUUUCUUGACAGGUGGCAUGUUUAUCAAUAAUUGGAAGAAGCAAUGUCAUAAAUUCCUUAAGUGCAGCAUCUGGAUGCUUCUUAUCAAUCACAUCAGACCAACAAAUAUUUUUUACUUCUACAUAAGUCACAGCUAAAUAUUUUGUAUGACACUAUUUUAGGCCCAGCUUUUGGAACCUUGUCUUUCCUGGAUAUAGCCACUAUAUUGAAAUCACUGCAUUCAAUGGGUACGGAUACAGUUUUAGAACAAAGUGCUACAGUAUUAGUUCUACAUGUGGAUUAUAUAAACUUAUCCAAAAAAAGAAACGUCCUCUCACUGUCAACUGCGUUUAUUUUCAGCAAACUUAACGUGUAAAUAUUUGUAUGAACAUAAGAUUCAACAACCGAGACAAACUGAACAAGUUCCACCGGCAUGUGACUAACAAAAAUGGAAUAAUGUGUCCCUGAACAAAGGGGCGGUCAAAAUCAAAAGUAACAGUCAGUAUCUGGUGUGGCCACCAUCUGCAUUAAGUACUGCAGUGUAUCAUCUCCUCAUGGACUGCACCAGAUUUGCCAGUACUUGCAGUGAGAUGUUAACCCACUGAGGAGGGACCCUGGGCAUCUUUCUUUUUGGUGUUUUUCAGAGUCAGUACAAAGGCCUCUUUUGUGUCCUAAGUUUUCAUAACUGUGACCUUAAUUGCCUAUCGUCUGCAAGCUGUUACUGUCUUAACGACCAGUCAACAGGGAAACAGUGUUUAAACCCUUUACAAUGAAGAUCUGCGAAGUUAUUUGGAUUUUUACGAAUUAUCUUUGAAAGACAGGGUCCUGAAAAAGGGACAUUUCUUUUUUUGCAGAGUUUGGUUCCUGUAGUGUAAACACCCUGGUAGGUUGAUUGACCUGAACCAGAUUACAGGCACUGGUUACAGUGAGAAGCUUCCUCCUUGAGCAAACAGCUUGAUGGAAACAGUCAAUAUUCAGGUCCCCAAAAAAGUAGACCUCUGUUUAUAUUACAUACACUAUCAAGCAUUUCACACAUAUUAUCUAGAUACUGACUGUUAGCACUUGGUGGCCUAUUGCAACACCCUAAAAGAACAAGCUUUAGUUGAGAUAGGUGAACCUGAAGCCACAACACUUCAAUAUCACUUUACAUGAGAUCUUCCCUAAGCAUUAGAGGGAUAUGUUUUUGAAUAUGUAUUUGUAUUGCUUGUAUUGCUGCUGCUUUAUCAAAGGAAUUAGCUGAGUGAGUCUCAGAAAUGGCUAAUACAGUGCAUUCAGAAAGUAUUCAGACCCCUUUCCUUUUUCCACAUUUUGUUAUGUUACAGCCUUAUUCUAAAAUGGAUUACAAAAAUAUCAAUCUACACACAACACCCCAUAAUGACAAAACAAAAACAGGUUUUUAGAAAUGUUUGCAAAUGUAUUAAAAAUGUACAAAAUGUACAUAAGUAUUCAGACCCUUUGCUAUGAGACUCGAAAUUCAGCUCAGGUGCAUCCUGUUUCCAUUUAUCAUCCUCGACUCUCUAGUUAAUUACAUUUACAUGAUUUGCUCAAUCAGGAAAUAUUAAUUACGGAGAAAGGAUUUUAUAGAAUAGCAUGUCAUAUCACUUAAUCCGGCAUAGCCAAUCCUGUUGACAUUUAUCAUCCUUGAGAUGUUUCUACAACUUGAUUGGAGUCCACCUGUGGUAAAUUCAGUUGAUUGGACAUGAUUUGGAAAGGCACACACCUGUCUAUAUAAGGUCCCACAGUUGACAGUGCAUGUCAGCAAAAACCAAGCCAUGAGGUCGAGGGAAUUGUUCCUAGAGCUCUGAGACAGGAUUGUGUCGAGGCACAUAUAUGGAGAAGGGUAUCAAAACAUGUCUGCAGCAUUGAAGGUCCCCAAGGACAAUGUGGCUUCCAUCAUUCUUAAAUGGAAGAAGUUUGGAACCACCAAGACUCUUCCUAGAGUUGGCCACCUGGCUAAACUGAGUAAUCAGGGGAGAAGGGCCUUGGUCAGGAAGGUGACCAAGAACCCGAUGGUCACUCUGACAGAGCUCCAGGGUUCCUCUGUGGAGAUGGGAGAACCUUCCAGAAGGGCAACCAUCUCUGCCACACUCCACCAAUCAGGCCUUUAUGGUAGAGUGGCCAGACGGAAACCACUCCUCACUAAAAGCCCGCUUGGAGUUUGCCAAAAGGCACCUAAAAGGACUCAGAGCAUGAGAAACAAGAUCCUCUGGUCUGAUGAAACCAAGAUUGGAAUCUUUGGCCUGAAUGCCAAGUGUGUCUGGAGGAAACCUGGCACCAUCCCAACGGUGAAGCAUGAUGGUGGAAGAAUCAUGCCGUGGGGAUGUUUUUCAGUGGCACGGACUAGGAGACUAGUCAAGAUUGAGGGAAAGAUGAACAGAGCAAAGUACAGAGAGAUCCUUGAUGAAAACCUGCUCCUGAGCGCUCAGAACCUCAGACUGGGGUGAAGGUUCACCUUCCAACAGGACAACGACCCUACACACACAGCCAAGACAACGCAGGAGUGGGUUCGGGACAAGUCCCUGAAUGUCUUUCAGUGUCCCAGCUAGAGCCCGGACUUGAACCCGACCGAACAUCUCUGAAGAGACCUGAAAAUAGCUGUGCAGUGACGCUCCCCAUCCAACCUGACAGAGCUUAAGAGGAUCUGCAGAGAAGAAUGGGAGAAACUUUCCAAAUACAGGUGUGCCAAGCUUGUGGCAUCAUACCAAGAAGACUCAAGGCUGUAAUCGCUGCCAAAGGUGCUUCAACAAAGUUGAGUAAAGGAUCUGAACACACAAUUUGAUAUUUCCGUUUUUUCUUUUUAAUAAAUUUGCGAACAUUUCUAAACCUGUCUUUGUUUUGUCAUUGAGGGGUAGGUUGAGGGGGUGGGAACGAUUUUAAUUUUAGAAUAUGACUGUAACAUAACAAAUUGUGGAAAAAGUCAAGGGGUCUGAAUACUUUCCGAUUGCUUGGUAAGUGCUUGAAAAUUCACAAAAAGUGACGUUAGCUGAUUAUCUCAUAGAACAAAAUGUACAAGAUCUCCUUCUCCUUAGCCUGUAUUUAUCACAGACCUUAUUAUUUUGGCAUUUCUCCUUUUCCUGGGUAGCUUAUCAGAGAUAGCCUUAGAGUGGAAAGAGCCCACGAGGGAAUAGACAGAGCCUUCUGUUCUCAAAGCACCUAGCUUUUGGAAAGAGGAAGAUAGACAUACCUUCUCUUCAGUGCUACUAAUUCUACAUAGAAUUGUAAGACUAGAGGACUAUAGAAUGUAUGAUGUUUUGCAGACUGUAACUAAGGAACCUCAUUUCUGCAUUGAGUUAAGAGAGCUGCUCUAAUACAAUGCUAUGAAAAGACUUGAACGUAUCCCCUCGUAUCACUAGAGAAAUAUAAUGUUAAUUUGUUAGAUUUGCCAUUUUUUAUUGUUGAUGAUUUCAAUAGGAGCUUGUUGGUCUACUUGCAAAUAAACAAUAUCUCUGUCAUAUUGAUUAAGUAGG